UAGUUAGUCUAUAUCGUAGCAUUUUCGCUUUCGCGUUCUCUCGGCUCGGUUUUCGAAAAUCGGUCCUCGAAAUUCGGAACUACGUGUUCUACAAUAAGAAUCUAACCAUACUCCAUUCUAACCAACACCUCAUUGCAACACACAGUUAACGUAUGGAACCUCCUGGUAGACAGAUCCUCAAGGCCGUGCCGUUGCUCGGCUUAAAUAAACCAGGAUCUCCCGACAAUUUGUCGGCUAAAGACAAGCGAUAUCACCAACAAGUAGAGAAAGCGCUAGGUACGUUUGACAGUUUAGAAGAAUGGGCCGAUUACAUCUCAUUCUUAUCUCGAUUACAAAAGGCUCUUCAAUUGAAUGAAGACUCAUCUAGAACACAUUCUACCAUUGCGUGUGGAGCUCAAGUGGCCAAUAAGUUAUCAUUAUGUUUAUCAUCACGAUUACCCAAUGGUGUUCAUCAAAAGACUCUUAGUAUAUAUGAAAGUAUAUUUAGUAGUUUAACUACUGAAGCAUUGAAUUCUGAAUUAUCUAUUUGGUUACCUGGUCUACUUCCAUUAUUAUCGUAUUGUUCUAUUCUGGUUAAACCUCAAUUAAUUCAUAUCUUUAAAGUAUACUUAUUACCUUAUAUCAAGCAAAAGAAUCUUCGAAUUAUUUCUAAACCAAUCAUACUAAGUCUCCUUCCCGGACUUGAUGAUGAGAAUUCCGAAGUGUUUGGUGAUGUUAUUGAUUUGUUGGAUACUUUUAAAACCAAUUUAGAUGAUGAUAGUCAUUUUUGGCAAAGUAUGUUUCUUUGUAUUAUCAGUAAUCCAGAAAAACGGUUAGGAGCAUUAUUUUGGUGUAAUAGAAGAUUACCUCAAUUUACUGUUAAAUCUCCACAAGUUCUUGCAUGUCUUACUCCAGAACCAGGACUCUUAAUUAGAUCAUUUGCUACUUCAAUAAACUCAUCUACAACUAUGAAUUCUGCUAGUGAUAUCAUAGUUGUUAGAGGUUUCUUUGAUCUAUUAUUAUCUCAUUUACCACUCGAUAGUCCUGUGUUCGACUCAAUUAUCUCACUUAAGGAUAAACAAUUAUUAAUAUUGGCUUGUAGUAGAGUCACUUUAAAGAAAGAUAUGUCUCUCAACAGAAGAUUAUGGAACCUUUUCUUAGGUCCUGAACCAGAUGCUGCUGAACAGAAAUCAUUAAGUCGAUCUCAGUACUUUGAAAAGUAUGCACUUGAAGGACUUACCGUCAAGUUAUUACUGUUAGUUCAAUCUAAUUCCAUUCAGGAUACCAUCGAUGCAUUCAAGAUCUCCUUAUCAAUCAUUAUGGAUAAGUGGGAGAUCUCUACGUUAAUAACUCCAAAAUUAUUCUCUCCACUCUUACAAGUGUGUUAUGAAAGUAGAAACAAUGAAGAAAUCUUAGCAUCAGCUCAUGCAUUCUUUGAUGGUAUAGAAUCUUCAUAUAUCUGGAAUGAUAUCAUUGAUAUCAUCAUUGAACAAGAUUCUCAACGUCUUGAUAUGUUGGAUUUUGUAUUAAGAAGCUUUAACUUCAAUGAAGAAGAAAUGAUUACUGUUCAUGCCCCCUUGGCUGUACUUUCAUUAUUGUCUAAGGCCAUUACUGAAGGUAUAAAUUCUGAUAUCAUUACUAUUCUUGAACUUUUGAUUAGCUUAAUUCCACAACGAGCUUAUGGACCAUUAUCCAAUACUGACGACAAUUCAACUGCAUCUCCAAUUCCAACUCCAGAAAUUCUUCCCAUAGUCAGAGCCUUCUAUGAUCAAAGUAAAGCUAGUGAUAUUGAACUUCCUAUUACCAAACAAAGAUUUUCAGCUCUGGUAAUAGAUAUGUUAACAAAUCUCAGUAUUUCUUAUCUUAACCAAGUUCCAAUUGCUUAUGCUUUAAUCACCAUUCUAUGUGAUACUUUGAAGACUAUUCCUAACGAGCCAGAAUAUGUAUGGACCAAUAAUAAAUUAAUCGAUACAUUAUUGAUAAAUCCAUUGAAUACAGACAAUAAUGAUCAGGUAUUAUUAUCAUUUGCUCUUGCAAAGGUCUUUAGUAUAAUCCAUAAAUCAUUAACAGUAGUAGAAAAGGAGAAAUUACUUAAACUUAUUCUUUCGAAUCUUCUGGUGGCACUUUACUCAUCCAAUCCAGCUGAUUAUCAAGUAGAAGCAGUUAGAACAAUCUAUGAUUUAGAAUUAAGUAUUCUGAGUUAUAGUAUUGAAGCAGGAUUAGUGGAACUUCUUCUUAAACUUCCUGUUUAUCUUCGAGUCAGAGCAUUUGAAACUCUUUGGACUCAUUCUACUUCUAUUGCUGAUAGUGAUCGUAUCUUAUUGCGUCCUUUACAACUUUUAUUGGAUUCUCUUGAUAUUAAGGAUGAUCCACAAGCACAAGCAGUGAUUUCCUUUAUUGGAGUUUCAUUAAAAAAUGGUUCAUCCAAUAGACUCUUGAAACUUAUUACUAGUCCUGUAUUAGAAUUUGAAUUUUUACAAGCAGAUAGAUUGGAAUUAACUAUAGAUGAUGAUUUGAAUAUCUUUACUUAUUAUAUGUCUACAGUAUUAAAUGUUCUUAAGACAAAUGGCAAACAUGUCAAAGAAGCAUUUAAUAAUGAAUUUGCAGUAAUGGAUAAUAGUUCCAAAUUAAAUCUUAUCAAACAGAAUGAUUGGGAUAUUUCUACUUAUAAAUCAUUAAUGCUUUCAGUGAUUGAACGAUUUUUCCAAUUGAAACUUGAUUCAACUUUAUUAAAUGAUGUUAAGGCAUUGGAUUCCUAUAGUAAUUCCAUACAAAUAAGUCUUCAACUUUUGGAUUUAUUAAUUACUGGGGGUGAAACUGUAUUUGCUAAGAAAUUCUAUGGUCUUAUUAAUGUUUGUUUCUAUUAUAUGGAUACAGUUACUGAUAAUAAGUAUAUUAUUGAAUUGAUCCAAAUAAGAGUUCUUAAAUCUAUCUUUAGAUUUUUGGAACUUGCUGAUGAUUCAAAUCUUAAUCAUAGCUUAUUACAUGUAGAAGAUAAUGCUAAGGAACCGGUAAUUGUUAGCUUUAUAAUUAAAGGUAUAGAUAGAGCUAAGACUUCACUCUUAUUAGAGAGUUGGAUAUCAUUACUUACUCGAUCUUUAUACUUAUUUAAUGAUGCAGUCUUUAGUGUAUUAUUAAGUUUAAAUGAUGCUAUUAUUAAGAAAAUCGAAGAUAACUUUGCUAGUAUUACUUCAUUUGAAGAUAUAGAUAUUGUCCAGGAUGUUGAACUUUCUAUAAACAUAUUAGUAUCUGGACUUGAAGAUUUUCUUUCUAUAAGUCAUAGUUUCUUAAUGAGAUCAACUCUUGGUAAUGGAUCAGAAAAGGUUUCCUUAACUACUUCUGAAUCAGGAUUCUUAAAUACCGUUAUUCAAGGUGUAUUCCUGAUUGAAUCACCUGCUAUAAGAACUUCAGCAUAUAAUAAGCGAUAUUCAGUAUUAUUAGCAUUUCAAGAUGCAGCAAAGGCUUGCUUUAAUAUAUGGAGUUGGUCAGAUUCAAAACCUCAAUCAUCAAAGGAUAAGUUUAGAUUAACUGAUAGAUCCUUAACUUCUUUAGGUCAUAAACUUAAAUUUAGAGCUAGAAAGUUAUUAGAAGCACUUAUGGAUUUAGAACGUCAAGAAGUUAUAGAAACUUUAGUUGAAAUAUCUCCUUCUGAUGAUAUAACAGUCAAACUUUUACAUAUUCUUGAUGGAGGUAGAUCUCAUAUUACCCUUCCUCAUCUCUUUGAUUCUAUCUUAACUAGAUGUUAUCCUCAAUUAUUAGAUGAUCAAAAGAAAUCAUCUCAAACCAGUUCUAUUACUGAAAAGGAUCUUUCAAGAUUCUUAGUACUGUAUUUCAAUUCCAUUGAUAUUGAUUCCUUAUCUGAUAUUUGGUCAAUGUCUCUUCAAUUCUUUAAGGAUGCCUUAGCUCAUGCUAGUCAUUUUAGAAUCAUUUUUCCAGAAUGUUUAAAGAUUUGUGCUAUUCUUUCAAAUAAACUUAAUGCAUCAAAAUUAAGAGAUCAAAAGAAAUAUAAGAAGGAAUUAGCCGAUUUCUUUUCUAGACUUCUUAAUAGUACUGUAAGUACUAAAGGUAGUCUUGGAAAUUCUGAAUCAGAAGAGAAAGAAGAAGAUGAAGUUAAAGAACUGACACCUGGUGUUGAAGGAGUAAUUAUAGCUCAAGAUGAUGUUUUAGAUGCCAUAACUGUAGUAUUAGAACAACUUGAUAGUAUCCUUCAAGAUUCUGAUAAAGUGAUUCCAUCAGUUAAUAUUAUUAUUACUUAUUUAAUCACUCCUCAAAUUCGUCCUAAAAAAUUAGGAGAAAUUUCCAUGAAAACUCUUAGUUUACUUGAAAUUAUUGGUAAACGUCAUCCUAUAAAGCCUUGGAAAACAGCUGUAUUUGAUGUAUUUAUGGAUAAUAAUUUCUUUAAUUUCAGUGCUAAUAAGAUGAAGGUAUGGAAUUCUAUUAUUAGUCUUUGGAUUAGUAAUGAUAGAGAAAGAAUUAGUGAUAUGAUAGUUAGAAUCACUCCUACCGCUCUGUCAACUCCUGGUAUUUUCACUUGGAAUGAAAAUUCUGAAAUUGAAAGUAAAAUUGGUAGUCUUAAGAGAAUCACCUAUCUUUUAUUGAUUCAACCAACUGAUUUCUUUCUUAAUUAUUUUGAUGAAAUCUUUAAUAGAAUUGAAUAUGCAUUAUCCAUGUCAUGUCCUAUAGCUUAUAGAGCUGCAAUAAUAAUAUUGCUUAGAGCUCUUACCCUUAAAUUUAAUGAAUUACAUUUACUCCCUCGUUGGACAAUAAUUACUCAAGAAUUAAUUUCAGUAUUUGAAUUAUUUGCUUACAAAUCUCAAAAGGAAUUAAACAGUAUACCCAAUGAUGAACUCAAGUUAUUAUUAAAUGGCUGCAAAUUAUUAGAUCAAUUGUUAAUGCUUGGAUAUGACGAAUUCAAUCUUCAAGAAUGGCUUUAUAUUUCUAACAGUCCUGAUGUCAUUAAUGGUACUUCACUGCCCAAUCUUGUAGCCAUUAUCGAUAGAAUAUCUAAAUCAUUUGAUUUUACCUACUUGAAGGAUGAAGCUAUCACUAUAGAAGCUCCUCAAGAUUCACUCGUCCCAUUACUUGAAGGUGUCAAAGAUAUAACCAGUAUCACCAAGUUACGUUUAUUCUUUGAUUCCCUCAGUCUCAUCCAUUACGAGAGAACUUAUGGACUCUAUGCGGUAGAUAUAGCCCGAUGCACUAGUGAUAUCUUAACCGAUUUGGUGUAAUUGCUGCUAAAAAAAAGAAGAACAAAAGGUCGUGGACUUUGAGUAGACGCGCCCUGUCCCAAAUAGGUAAUACUUUUACAAUAUAUAAUUUACAGGUUACACACUACAAAAUAUAAACCAUAUGGA